AGCUCCGCCCCCAGCAGUUCCCCAAUAAAUGCUGGAAUAUUCCCAUCAGUUUACAACAGCAUCAGAUCAUCAGGAAGAGCUGAAAUCUGCAAGGACUGAGUUUCUUAAAGAGGACAGAGAGAAGAUGAGAGAUCCAGAACCCUGCAGAACCAAACUCACUGAAGACACUGAAGAACUAACAGAUCUGAUGGAAGAAAGCGAGGAGAGUGAAGAACUGAGUGAAGCAGAGGAGAAACAUCACGAGAACCCUGGAGAAAAACCUUUGAGUCGCUCAAAGACUAAAAAGACAUUUUUAAAGAAAAGAAGAGUCAAGAAAUCUUUGACCUGCUCUCAGUGUGGAAAGAGUUUCACAACCAAACAACAUCUUGAUGUUCACAUGAGGAUCCACACUGGAGAGAAACCGUUCACAUGUGAUCUGUGCGGGACAAGCUUCACAGAUACAGGGAGACUCAAGAGACACAUGAGAGUUCACACUGGAGAGAAACCGUUCACAUGUGAUCUGUGCGGGACAAGCUUCACAGAUACAGGGAGACUCAAGAGACACAUGAGAGUUCACACUGGAGAGAAACCGUUCACAUGUGAUCUGUGCGGGACAAGCUUCACAGAUACAGGGAGACUCAAGAGACACAUGAGAGUUCACACUGGAGAGAAGCCGUUCACGUGUGAUCUGUGCGGGAAGAGCUUCACACAGAGAGCACAUCUUAAGGGACACAUGAGGAUCCACACGGGAGAAAGACCGUAUGCAUGUAAUCAGUGUAGAAAGACUUUCACACAAUCACCACACCUUAAAGAACACAUGAAAAUCCACACCGGAGAGAAACCAUACAUGUGUGAUCAGUGUGAAAAGAGAUUCACAUACAAACAUGAACUUACUAUUCACACGAGGAUCCACACCGGAGAGAAGCCGUAUGCUUGUGAUCAGUGUGGCAAAAGAUUUGUUUCUGGAUCACACCUGAAGAAUCACCUGACAGUUCAUACGAAGGAGAAGCCACAUUCAUGUUCUGAUUGUGGAAAGAGUUUUUCACUUCUGCAAAGUUUAAAAGGACAUCAGAAAAUACAUACCGGUGAAAAAUCUUACAUGUGCUUUGAGUGUAAGAAGACUUUUAUUUCAGCAAACUGUUUAAAACUGCACCAGAGGAUUCACACUGGAGAGAAACCUUACAAGUGUUCACACUGUGACAAGAGAUUCAGUCAGUCAGCAAGUCUGAGAAAACACGAGACGAUCCACAGCAGAGAGAAACCACACACAUGUGAUCAGUGCGGGAAGAGUUUUGCUUUUAAAAAUCACCUGAAGAUACACAAGAAGAUCCAUGCAGCGGAGAAACCUGAUCAGCGCAGUCUGAGAUUACUGUAACAGAAAUGAGUCGAACCAGACAAAUUAAAGAGUCUAUCAAAGCGGUGUUUGUAACACGAGCCGA